AGGGACUUUGCGAGUGGUUAGUUUGGGGUAACAGAGGAAGCAACUCCUUCACAGAUAAGCAGGCAGUGCAAUAGAGAGACACAUGCUGUUUCAUAAGGAUACGCCUGAUUUCCAGAAAUAAACAUGUGUUUGUGGCUUAAACUCUUAGCAUUUGGCGUUGCAAUUCUGAGACAGGAUGCUUUUAUCAAAGCAGGAGAUGAAAAUCUGGCAAACGCCAGCUCUCCCCUCCCUGUGUCACCUCCACCUGCACGCUCCACAUCACUCUCACCUCCAAGCACCACUGAAGCAGGAGAUGAAAAUCUGGCAAACGCCAGCUCUCCCCUCCCUGUGUCACCUCCACCUGCACGCUCCACAUCACUCUCACCUCCAAGCACCACUGAAGGAGCUGUGUCAGCAAUGUCUACACCUGGUGUCUCUCCUGCAGACAGCACAUACCUCUCCACGCACACAGGCUCCGUCCCUGCCAUGGGACUCUCCAACUCACCACGCAGCAGCACUGCUGCCCUCACCACACGCGCUCCCAUUGCCUUGAAGAAUGCUUCAUCAGAUGAUUACAGUUCAACAUCCUUGCACAGCACCAUCGCACCAGUCAACACGCCAGCAAACACUGGGAUCAUGCCCACUCACACCAUAGGACCUUCCACGGUGACAACUAAAGAACCUUGUGAUAAUAUUAGUUAUACCAUAACAUGUGUAGAAGGCAAUAAACACAUGGCUAAAGUUAUACUAAAAAAUCUCAGAGAAAACAGAGACUAUUUUAUUGAGGUAUGUGACAAGAACUUCACUGUGAAUUCCAACACCAAUGGAAUAGAACUUCAGAGAUGUGAGAGUUACAAUGUUACUGUUGGAAAUUGCUUAGCCGCUCCCUCUCAUAUUCUGCCUGAGAACAGCACGAGCCUUUUGAGUGUUUCAGAUGAAACAGACAGGUCUGCAAAGUUAUGUUUGGAAUACUCAUUUUACUGUGCUGAUAUGAAUGUUAGCUGCAAUGGUACAGAAUACGUUGUAGAAAACUUUGGAGCAUUCAAUCAAACUUGUAAGAAGCUGAACAAGUUAUUACCCAACAGGUAUUACAACUGCAUUGGUACUGUACAUUUUUUUGGAACAGUUAUCAACGAAACCUUCAACAUAACCACAGAUUAUGGUGUUCCAGGAAAUUUAAGCAUCAGUAUAAUAUUGAACGCCACAGCUGUAUCACUUGCGUGGAAUGAAUCUACGAACGGGUCAAGUAAUCCUGCACAUGGCUAUAGGGUGAUAUGCAAUGGCAGCAAUCCAAAUUGUACCAAGGAACAUAACUUUGUUUGCAGCAACUUAGAACCUUAUACCAACGGUUCUGUAUCUGUGACUCCAUUUACAAAGAGCAGAUAUACAGAGAAAAAUAUUGACGGAGAAACUGUAACACUUCACUUUAGGACUAGGUCAGCCGAACCAAGGGAAGUGACUGGAGUUACUACAACAUUGAUAGCUGAUAAUGCUGUCCAAAUUAAGUGCAAAAAUCAAGAAGUGUUUGGAGAAAAAACAGUAUUUGAGUUGGUUUGGGGAAAUGAUGAAAGAAAUGACUCCAAAGAAAAUUCUUGUGAUUUUAUAAAAGAAAAUCUCAGGUAUUUGACAAGCUAUACAUUUAAGAUUGUAGUGUUUAAUGGAGAACAUAGAGGGCCACCAGUAAAGCAUAGUGUGACAACCAGAUAUAAUUCUAAAGCCCUGAUUAUAUUCUUGGCAUUCUUGAUUAUUGUGACAACAAUUGCUUUACUACUGGUUCUGUACAAAAUCUAUGAUCUUCACAAAAAAAAACUUAGCAAUUCAUCUGAAGGCGUGAAUCUUGUUGCAGUUAAAGAUGAUGACAGGCAACUUCUGAACAUAGAGCCGAUACCUUCGGAGCAAUUGCUGGACAUGUACAGGAGGAAGAUUGCUGAUGAAGGAAGACUUUUCUUGGAUGAAUUUCAGAGUAUUCCUAGAGUUUUCACUAGAUAUUCAAUAAAGGAGGCCAAAAAAAGCCAUAAUCAGAACAAAAACCGUUACAUUGAUAUCCUUCCAUAUGAUCAUAACCGUGUUGAGCUCUCAGAGAUCCCAGGAAACCCAGGAUCAGACUAUAUCAAUGCAAGUUAUAUUGAUGGCUUCAAAGAACCAAGAAAAUACAUUGCUGCACAAGGCCCCAAGGAUGAAACCACAGAUGAUUUCUGGAGAAUGAUCUGGGAACAGAAGGCAACAAUUAUUGUCAUGGUGACUCGCUGUGAGGAAGGAAAGCGGAACAAAUGUGCCCAGUACUGGCCAUCAAUGGAGAAUGGCUCUGCAGCAUAUGGGGACAUCAUUGUGAAGAUCAAUGAAAGUAAAACGUGUCCAGACUAUGUCAUUCAGAAACUACACAUCACAAAUGGAAGAGAAAGGACAACUGGAAGAGAUGUCACUCAUAUUCAGUUCACAAGCUGGCCAGACCAUGGAGUCCCUGAGGAUCCCCAUCUCCUUCUCAAACUCCGACGCAGAGUUAAUGCUCUCAGCAACUUUUUUAGUGGCCCAAUAGUGGUUCAUUGCAGUGCUGGUGUCGGGCGCACUGGGACAUACAUAGGUAUUGAUGCCAUGCUGGAAGGGCUGGAUGCAGAAGGCAGAGUGGAUGUUUAUGGCUAUGUUGUGAAGCUCCGUCGGCAGCGGUGCCUCAUGGUUCAAGUAGAGUCACAGUACAUCCUUAUCCAUCAAGCGCUAGUGGAAUACAAUCAGUAUGGAGAAACAGAGGUCAGUCUCUCAGAACUGCAUUCCUAUCUUAACAAUCUGAAAAGGAAAGAUCCUCCGAGUGAUCCUUCUCUGCUGGAGGCAGAGUUUCAGAGAUUACCUUCCUAUAAGGGGUGGCGGACCCAGAACACUGGCAAUCGUGAGGAAAAUAAAAGCAAAAAUAGGAAUGCCAACAUAAUACCAUAUGACUUUAACCGAGUGCCAAUCAAGCACGAAGAUGAAUGCAACAGAGAGGGCGAACAUGAUUCAGAUGAUUCCUCAGACGAGGACAGUGACUGUGAGGAGUCAAGCAGAUACAUCAAUGCUUCCUUCAUAACUGGUUACUGGGGUCCAAAAGCCAUGAUUGCAACACAGGGACCACUGCAGGAAACUAUUUCUGACUUCUGGCAAAUGGUCUUCCAAAGAAAAGUCAAAGUCAUUGUUAUGCUGACGGAGCUGAAAGAAGGAGAUCAGGAACUCUGUGCACAGUACUGGGGAGAAGGAAAACAAACAUAUGAUGGCAUAGAGGUUCAAAUGACAGAUGUCAACUGUUGUCCUAGCUAUACCAUACGUGCAUUUGAUGUUACACAUCUGAAGACAAAAGAAACACAGAAGGUGUACCAGUAUCAGUAUCACAAGUGGAGUGGCUUGGAUGUUCCGGAAAACCCCAAAGAUCUAGUCGGCAUGAUUCUCAACCUUAAACAGAAAGUCCCAGCCAGACCAGUCACUGAGGACAACAGGAGUACCCGCAGCGUCCCGCUCGUUGUCCAUUGCCGUGAUGGAUCACAGCAGACUGGGGUAUUUUGUGCUUUAAUGACCCUCUUGGAAAGUGCAGAAAUAGAAGAAGUAAUAGAUGUUUUCCAAGUAGUAAAAGCUCUUCGUCGCACCAGGCUGGGAGUGGUCUCCACCUUUGAACAUUACCAAUUUCUGUAUGACACCAUUGCCAGCACCUACCCUGCACAGAAUGGACAAAUAAUGAAGAACAGCCAGCAGGAAGAUAAAGUUGAAUUUUGCAGCGAAGUAGACAAAACAGAUCAGGAAACUGAUUUGAUCACUAUUGAUCUUACCCCACCAACACCAGAGAAGAACGAGCUUUCUGAAGUAUGUGAUGAUUCCAAGGCUGCAGAUAGCACCAAGGGAACAGAAAGCUCUACAAAUGGCCCCACAACUCCAGUUCUAACUUAGAGGCUAUACUAAAAAAAAAGUGCUUUUUCAUAUGCAAAAAAUCUUACAAAAACAAGAAAUAUAAGAGUUUUUCUUCUUCUCAUCUUUUUUUUUUUUUUCCUGGAAAAUGUUUACUGUUAUUUCAGUUUUGAAAAGGUACAAAUUUAAAGGAAUACUUGAAAUUUGUAGAGUGUGACAAAGAACUCUGAAAGUUUCACUUUUGUGUAGAUUUGCAUUUAAUAAGUCUUCAAAAAGCUUUUCACUAUUUUUAUACUUUUUCUUCUGAAAACAUGUACAGUGUAAGGCUAUGCUGAGCAGUGGGAAGGAAACUUUUUUACUUCGUAACAAGGAGAAAAGCAACUCAGAACAAUGAGAUCAGUGUGUUGCAAAAACAGGUCUGUCUUCAAAACUAUUAGCAAGUAAAUUAACCUAUGUGGUAAGCAUACAUUCUAGGAUUUCAGGAGUGCUGACCAAGCACUGCUUCAGUAAUACUCUGUGGAACUUGUGGGACUUUGCCAAACAGUUUUAAGAGCUUAUCGUUUAUAGCAUGUGGCAAUUCCAAGGAAUUCAGAUUUACAGUUAAUCUGUAAAUCCUCCCCUACCCAUGUGGAAUAGAAAUGUUGCAUUUUUCUAACUUGCCUCAAGGUGUCCUUGUUGCUUCACAUAUAUUGAUCUGAGAUUUCAAUGUUAGAGUCCAAGAAGAGUUUGGAGGUUGGCAUUUGAAUGAUUGCAAUAAUUCUGAUAGAAAAUACAUUCUGUUUACUUAAAAAAAAAAACAGCUUAAAAUACUGCAUGCUUGCACAUCUAUUGCUUAUGCUUACUGUUAUUUAAAGGCACUUGCUUCCACUAAUGCAUCUGACCUGUUUUCAGGACUGGAAAAUACUUAGAUGUUUUUCCUCCAAACCUUGUAGAUUUUAACAGGAUUUUUUUUUUCAUUAUGUGGUUUUGUCUGUUACAGUUAUAAUAUUUUGACCAGUUUUUGUUGGAUUUUAGCCUACCGUUUUUAGAACAAAUAAAAAGUUAAAUAAUAGUUGAAAGGGUGGAAAUUAUCUUGUUCUAUUGGACUCUGCAAACUGAUCAUUUUCUUCUAAAUGCACAAGAUCCUGUGUUAUCCCAUACCUGGAUAAAAUUUACAAAUUUCGGUAGGAAAACACACACUUUAAUUCUUUUAAAACCGUGUGUGAACCCAGGUAAGUGUCAUGGUUCUCUCACUACAGAGGAAGGAAACUUCAUUUUUCUUUUGCUUGAAGUCAUUAAAAAAACAGUUACUCAACAACUUCAAUGCUCCUACUUUAUAACUGCAUAUUCUGAAUCUCUCAUUACAAAACAUAACUGAAAAUACUUAGAGAGCCAUGUAAACACCAUGUACAGUCACACUUGCUUAAAACAUUAAUUUUGCUGUUACUCCAGAUCAAAUAUUUCUUUCGCAAUUAUCGGCUCAGACAAGUGCUUCCUGGCAGUCUUGCCUGAAUAAGUAGCAGAGGCAGUGGGAUUCCCCUUGACUGUCGGCUGAAUUGCCUUUUCAGCUGAAGCUGUGUUAGGCGAUGAACUAAUAAAGCUGAAGGGGCCCCCUGUGGAGAAAAAGCUCUUAAGACUAAAUAUGAAGAUAAUAUAAAAAAAUUGUAGGCCCAAACCCUGUUGGCUUUUUAGAAGAACAUGUCAGAAUUGCAAAUUUAGCAUACUUUUGAAGAUAGAAAAGGUAAAGAGCUUUGGAUAAAGAUCGACUCAUUGGUGCUCAUUGGAUGACAGAGAACAAUUAAUUUCUUUUUCUUCUUCUAAGAUUUGGCUACUGUAAAGCCUCUUUAGCUAGUUCAGGUAGUAAAAUAAAGAGGUCAGUGCAGCUACCUAUUGUAAGGGUGUAAAGACAGACACUAGUCACACUUUUAGGGAUAACUGAAAAUGUUUCCUGAAUUAAAAGUAGGCCCAAAUUUUCAUUUUUUGUGAAUCUGAGGUCAUUCAUACACUUCAAUUCCUUGAAAAAUGGUUCUGCAGCGUUUUAAGCUCCUGCAGCACCUGGGCUGUAAAAAUUCUGGAGGAUUUUGUUUUGCUUAAAUUGUUUUCUGGAACACUUUAAAUGUUCCUUUGCAUACUUUUUUUAAAAAAAGCAUGCCAAGUUAACACUUGAUUUACACAUGUAUUUUGAAAGAAAAGUCCUGAACUAUGUUAAGUUUUGCCUCAUGCUUAUCUUCAUUAUUAGCCUAAUCAGAAACACAGAGCCUUACAUUAAAACUGCCUUCAUGUGCAAAGUGUGCCACUUUUGGAGUAAAGUUCCUUAUAGUCACAAGGGGAUAAACUGAACUCUUGGCUUUUAAUUAUUUUCAAAUCAAAUAAGACUUUGUACAAUUAAAUCUCAUUAAAUCCCUGUGGGACAUUGAGGGAACCUGUCCUAACACAGCUUAGAAGUUCUGAUUACUUCAAGGAACUGUCUAUGUAUGUACCAGGGAUGGUUUUUUUGCCUUCUCUAUUGCCAUUUGAAUUUCAAAAAUCCAUGAGGUGGUGUCACAGAGCUUGUAGAAGAAAGUCAUUAUGCUGGAUGCUCCAUAGUCACUUGCCUUAUUCACUUGUAGGCUUAAUUUUAUGUCUUCCAGGAACACAGUGAAGCGUAUUGCAGGUAAGGCAUGAAACGCAAGCUAAUAAGCUCUGCUAGGAAACUGCUCUGGCUUUGUUAGGGCAAGAACAACAUUGCAGCAGGCUGGAGGCUUGGCAUAGCCUAAAAGCUGAGAAACAAACAUGCUAAGUAAGAUGCAAAAUGUUUAUUUUCCCAAGUAGAGCUAAGCUGCACAAAGACUGCUAACCACUGCCUCCAGCUAAGAGUUAGAUGUUCAAAAGUGUUUUAUAACCCGAAGUCCAGGAUAAAAAUAACAAAGAAACAGAUUGGCUGGAAGAGAACUUUGAGCAACAAACAAAGGUAAUCAAGGGCUUAUGUGACCAAAGGGAUUGUGUGAUUUCUCCCACAAUUUGCUGGGUAGAAGCUGAUAGAAAAGCGGGUGUGGAGAAGUGACAGUGCUGUGUUAGCGGAGUCCCGUGUGGGAAGGUGCGGGAGAGGAAAGAUCCCAGAGUCUCCACAACAUUCUGCUCACUCAGGUACCUGCAGUGUGGAAUGAACUGUGUGUUUGCUUUUGUUUAGAUUUUUAUGUUUCUUGUGCUCUGUAAGGAACAAGGUAGUUACAUUAAAACCUUUUUCAGUGACUGUACAUUAUCUUGAGAUAAAUGUUAUACAACACAAAAAAUGGGCAGCGCGCUGAGCCAUGGUGGUCGGGGAUGCCGUUCAAGGACAUGACAAAAGCCGUCACUCCUCUGCACCCCAGCUUUCAACUGCUGCGUUUGGGCUCUUGUGGGGUACGUUUGUGCCUGCUCCUUUUUCCACCUGUACUUGCAGCCAGUCCAUGAACUCACCCUCUCCACUUCUGAGCCAGCCUGUGCUGUCAGAGCCCGCAGCCUCCGGCGGCAGUGAGCUCACUCCCCACUGGGGAUGGGAGCACUUUCUUCCCUAGCUGUAAUCUGAUCUGCUGGGAAGGAGCUGGUGGCCACACGAAGGAGCUGGAGAGGCUGGACCAAGCCAGGAGGGUCCCCACCUGCCCCUGCAGCACCUCUCACUGCGGCCAGGACAUCACCUGUGGGGGGGAAGUUUGCUGGAGGAGCGAAGAAGGAAGCAGGUUGUGAGCUUUGCUGAAAAACAGGAAACUUAAGUUAAAUCUUGUAUGAGAGGCACAAGUAAAGCCGGAUAGUGAGUCUGCGACACAUGGCAGUGUUGAAGCUAGGGUCUACGAAGGGAGGUAAAGUACUAACAUCACGAGCCAUUUGUUUGUGUGAGAUAGCCAAGAAAGUAAGAAAGAAUAGUGGCUCAAGACAGGUGUCUCAUUAAGCUAAAAAUUCUAUCCUUUACUUAGCAUUCCUCAGAAAAACACUCCAGUAGCAAUGCUUAUCUUGUCAACAAGGCAUCUUGCUUUUGUAAAGGCCCAAUUUUUAUGACAUUGUACAUUCUCCAGAUUGCCUCUGAAAGACUAUCAGAAAUUCCCCGAGGGCUCAACACAACUGUACCACAGCUAUUUUUCUGUACAUAAAGCAACUGUUUACCAAGAGCCAGCAUGCUGUGUUUUAGACUAGGGAAAAUUAAAAUAGAAGAAAAGGAAAAUUUCAGUUACAGAGUAGAGCACGUUUCUAUAUACAUCAGCUCUACUCCAGAAAAAAUGUUAAGUCUUCUGAAGAACAGAAUCCAAUAAUUUUAAAGGUACAGCAACACAGGAGUAAAGUUUUAUACAAAAGCUUUGUAUGUCAAUCUUACUUUUCAAUGCAAAUGAAAGGAAGAUGAUGACUACAGAAGUACUAAGCAAGUUAAUACUAAAAGAUUUCCUUUAUAGGGACAAAAAAAUAAUUAUUUAGGAAGGAUACUUAGUACAUGUUAUUGUAAAAUACUAGCCUCAUUGUUUUAACCUUAGUGAAAAACAGGUAUUUAUUAAAUAGUUAUGUCCUCAGACUCAGGAGUAUCAUCAUCAGCAAUGCAUAAUGUUACUGAAUUUUUGAAAUUAAUAUCAUAAACCUUUUUCAGAGGAAUAGGCAUAUAACUAUCUAUAGCUGGGUUGUCUCUUGAAUCCCACAGCCGCACACAACUGCGGCUGGAAGUACUAAUGUAGUCAUAAGUGUGACUGUCUAACAUAUGGAGGGAAAAAUAAAAAGGAAGUUUACUUUGGAUGAAUUUUAGCACUCAGUAUAAAAUUUUUGGGUUGGAGAUGAAACCUUAUGAUAUCCUGACUUUACCUGGCAGUUAGCUGAGACCCAGAGCUCUCACAUGUCAAUCUUCUCAUAGAGUCCUUGGGGUGGACCUGGUGUAUUUUCAAAGCUUACCCGCCAGGCUGUGCUGAAACUCUUCAAAUGCCUUUUGCUCUGUUCAGAGCGUUCCUGCAAUA